CGCUAGUUAACCAGCGCUGAUGGGAGAGGAAGAAGGUGACGCUGAAUUAUCGAACGCUUACUUAGUUAUCGGCUGGGGAGGCUUAAAUCGAGACAACAACAUCAAGCCCUAGCUAGCGAGGGGCGAAGAUAUUACAUCUCAUAAAUACGUGAACAUGUUGAUGCAUCCACUUUGAACAUAAAGGCAGAUAUCCAACUAAACCGAACAGGACUACUGCAGUACCUCAUCAUUGUUGACACUGCCUCCACCAUUGCCUCUUCUGCCGUGGCACUGGAACAUGAAGAAUGUCUGCUGUAUUACCAAAGACUGACCAGAAGGAAGCAAUGAGGGGCUUUGGGGGAAGUUGCCAAGCUGCAUUGUGGAUCCAGUAGCUGGGAUUCAGAGUGCUUGUUGUGUAUGAGUGUGUGUUUGUGUGUGCGUGGGUGCAUGCUAGCACAACCUGUCCCCUUCAGGAAGGGACAUGCUACUCUGAUAUUGGAGUUGGAGAAGAAAGAAGUCGACCUCCAUAAACGAGGAGAAGAAAGAAGAGAAGAGCGUAUGCAGUACAACAUUGCCAGAUAUAAAUACUGUGUGUUUUGGCUGCAGUUUAACCCAGUGGAAGUGGCUUUUAAUACACUGCACAUUUCUAUAAAACACCUUUCCUCUGUCUUUGUAUCACCUCCCUCCCCCCUAAGAGUCCUUGUUGUUUUGGCGCCUCUGUGAUUUGCAUGGCCGGGGAGUAAUCGUGGAGAGGCCAGGGUAUCACAAGCUUAUGGAUUUUGACAAGAAGGUGGGUAAGGGAGAGACAGAGGAAGGGAAAAAUAUGUCUAAGGCAGCUGGCAGCAGGACUGUCCGGGGUACAGGGACCAACUCUGGGGUUCUUAUGGUUGGCCCAAACUUCCGCGUCGGGAAAAAAAUCGGCUGUGGCAAUUUUGGAGAGCUGCGGCUGGGGAAGAACCUCUACACCAACGAAUAUGUGGCCAUCAAAUUGGAACCAAUUAAGUCCCGGGCGCCACAGCUUCAUUUGGAAUAUAGAUUUUAUAAACAGUUGGGAAGUUCAGAGGGUAUUCCUCAGGUGUACUACUUUGGGCCAUGUGGGAAGUACAAUGCCAUGGUGCUGGAGCUGCUGGGGCCCAGCCUGGAAGACCUGUUUGAUCUCUGUGACCGCACCUUCUCCCUCAAGACCGUCCUCAUGAUAGCCAUACAGCUGAUAACACGGAUGGAAUUUGUCCACACAAAAAGCUUGAUAUACAGAGACGUCAAGCCAGAGAACUUUUUGGUGGGGCGGCCGGGCAGCAAGAGGCAGCACACAAUCCACAUUAUCGACUUCGGGCUGGCCAAAGAAUACAUCGACCCUGAGACCAAAAAACACAUCCCGUACCGGGAGCACAAGAGCCUGACGGGCACGGCGCGCUACAUGAGCAUCAACACACACCUGGGGAAAGAGCAAAGCAGGCGGGAUGACCUGGAGGCUCUGGGUCACAUGUUCAUGUACUUCCUGCGAGGCAGUCUUCCCUGGCAAGGCCUGAAGGCGGACACAUUGAAGGAGAGGUAUCAGAAGAUUGGCGAUACCAAGCGAGCUACCCCAAUUGAAGUGCUUUGUGAAAGCUUCCCGGAAGAGAUGGCCACAUAUCUGCGUUACGUGAGGAGGCUGGACUUCUUUGAGAAACCUGAUUAUGACUACUUACGGAAACUCUUCACGGAACUGUUUGACAGGAACGGCUACGUCUUUGAUUAUGAAUACGAUUGGGUCGGCAAGCCACUUCCUACACCGGUAGGCCCCAUCCCCAGUGACACGCCCGCUCAGCCCAGCAGAGACAAAGCACAACAGCAGACCAAAAACCAGUUGCCUGAGGCCAAAGGAGAUGAGGCUCAGCGUCAGCUGUCUCCAAUGACCAAUACAGAGACACUGGGGUCACAUCUUGUGGCCGAAAGGCUGGGGGGCUCUGUCCAGGUGAUGAGCUCGACGAAUGGAGAGCUGAACACUGACGACCCGACGGCGGGACACUCCAAUGCUCCCAUCACUGCUCCCACUGAGGUGGAGGUGGCUGAUGAUACCAAGUGCUGCUGUUUCUUCAAAAUGAGAAAGAGGAAAACUCUCCAGCGGCACAAGUGAAGAGAAGACCUCGGCGGGAACUUGAAACAUUCUGCUCACUUUCAAGUUUUAAAUGGAAGCAACCACACCGAUCACCCAUCCUAUCUCCCUUUCCCAAUCUCUCUCUCUCUCCCUCUCGCUCUUCUCCAUCUUUCUCAGCGCUCUUCUGCUACAGGCGUGUAAAGCAAUGUUGUUGUCCUACAGACUUUGUGGGCUUCACAACAGACACUGGCUUCCAAAAGAAAGAAAUCGUUAAAGUACCUGCAUAAUAAAGAGAGAACGUUUAAAAGCUGUAACAAAGAAACGCGAAUAUCGUGGCGUGAAUAGAAAAAAAUUAUACUGUUUGAAACAGUUGUUGUAUUCUAGAUUCCAUACAUAGCAUUUACUGUUCAACAGCCAUUGAUCUGAGGGAACUGUCAAUGAGUCGAGGGAAAGAAGUCUGUUCCAUAGAAAUAGUCCUUUAUUUGUGGGAUCAAGGUAAGAAGCAAGACUGAACUAUACUAAUGAUAACUCUGGAAUCACUGAGCGCAACAGGAAACACUUCAUCUAAAUCAGAAUUGGAGGAUGUUUAUGUUGAGUUUUUUAUUUAAUCCUCUGUUGUUUUCAAAGUCAACUCCCUGGAUUGAAAACAAAUGUUUGUUUUAGUGUACUGGAAUUCAUUUUGUAUUAUUUUUUCUUCUCUGGCUUUCAUGUCUGUCAAUGUGGACUUUGUAGCACAGUCACUGGCCUCAGGUACUGUGGAAGAUUGAGAGAAACUGAUAUUAAGCUCUUUUCUUGUUGCACUUUUGAAAACAAAAAGAAAGUACAAUGGAAUUCUAGGUUUGAAAUUAACAAACAGGAAAACAACUGAAGACUGAUCUAGGAAGAGUCCUAUACAAGGCUAACACUGACUGUACAAAACAUUAAGAACACCUUCCCAAUAUUGAGUUGCGCCUCCUCCCCUCCUUUUGCCAUCAGAACAGACUCAAUUCAUCGGGGCAUGGACUCUACAAGGUGUUGAAAGCGUUCCACAGGGAUACUGGCCCAUGUCGACUCCAAUGCUUACCACAGUUGUGUCAAGUUGGCUGGAUGUCCUUUGGGUGGUGGACCAUUCUUGAUACACACGGGAAACUGUUGAGUGUGAAAAACCCAGCAGCGUUGCUAUAUUUGACACCAACUGGUGUGCCUGUCAUCUACAAUACCCCGUUCGAAGGCACUUCAAUAUUUUGUCUUAGCCAUUCACCCUGGCACACACACACAAUCCAUGUCUCAAUUUUCUCAAGGCUUAAAAUCCUUCUUUAACCAGUCUCCUCCCUUUCAUCUACACUGAAGUGGAUUUAACAAGUGACAUUAAUCAGGGAUAAUAGCAUUCACCUGGUAAGUUUGUCAUAGAAAGAGCAGGUGUACAUAAUGUUUUGUACACUCAGUGCAUAUCUGAGUAAGGGCUGAAAUGUCAAUUUACAUGAAACAAGAUAUCUUUCAGUUUUAUUUCUACAUCAGAAUAAUUUACCAGGAAAUCAUAGUUUGUGCCUUUCCAAGUAAAAUGUUUAAAGCUCAA